AUGACUGAAGCCGAAGCCGAAGUCAAAGCCAGCGCGCGACCGAAAAACCCUGUGACCGUAAUCGGGAUCUCCGGCCCCUCAUCCAGCGGCAAGACAACCCUAGCCCGCCUCCUGCAGCGGAUAUUCUCGCAUAUCAGCGAAAACCUGCAGACGUUUAUCAUGCACGAGGAUGACUUUUACCUCCCUGAUGAUCGAAUCCCAUACACAACAACCUCCUCCGGCAAAACAGUCCAAGACUGGGAUACCGUCGAGGCAAUUGACGUGCCGUUCAUGGCAUCGGCGCUGUCCUACGUCCGGCAGCAUGGCCGGCUCCCGCCUCGCCUGAAGAGCAAGGAGGAUCUCAACGAGGCGUCCGAUUCGGGCGUCAGCGACGAGACGAUUGCCCAGCUGCAGCGCCAGGUUUCAGAAAAACUGCAGCAAGUUGGACCGGUCCUUGUGGGAGAUGGGGAAAAGCGGACGGUUGUCUUCUUCGAGGGGUUUUUGUUGUUUAGUCCGCCAGAGGCGGAGGUCAGGGAGCAUGUCCUGCGGCCAGUGCAUGAGCAGAUCGAUGUGCGUCUGUUUUUGCCGGCGCCGUAUGAUUAUGUUAAGAACCGUCGCGAGAGAAGAAGUGGCUAUGUGACCAUUGGGCCGGCUCCUGUCCCCCCGCUGCCGCACAGGGGAUCGUCGGCUUCUGACGAUGUGAAGCAGCAUGUUGAUUUGGAGGCGGAGGAUGACGCCCCACCACAGAACUUUUGGACGGAUCCCCCGGGCUAUGUGGAUGAUAUUGUUUGGCCACGAUACGUACGAGAUCAUGCAUGGCUGCUGUUACCUGAAAGCGGUCUUGACAAUGAUCGGUACCAGAACGCUAGGAAUUCUGAUAUUGACGAGUUGGUCAGAAUUGUGGGGCAAGGGACGAACGUGAGAACUGAUGCCGGUGUCGCUGUCGCUCCUGGGAAAGGGGCAUUGCCCAUGGCCGAUGUAUUGAAAUGGGCCAUAGAGGAGGUGAUGAAGCCAUUGGAGAUGGCCGAACGAUGA